AAUGCUUCAACUAUAAGCGUCCUACCUUCGUGCGGUGCUCGACACUUCCCCCCUCUCCACUCAACCUCAAUCGUCUUGUCCUUUCUUCUCUUUGCAGCAAAACCACCACUUGUAUACUCUUACUGCUGCACACGCCCGCGGGUCCCCUAAAGACUUCGUCUCUUUUACCUACAACGCCUUUGCGUCAUCUCCCUCUCCUCCCUACCAACAAUGGCGGAAGAGAAGGUUGCCGGCGCCCCGGCGCUGACGACCAACAUUGAGACCGGCGGCUUCGACGAGAAGCGAGGACAGGCUCCUCCUCCGGCCAAGGCCCCCGCCCCCGCCGACGAUGACGAGGAAGAGGAUAUUGAUGCCUUGAUCGAGGACCUCGAGUCUGAGGAUGGUCAUCAAGACGAUGAAGAGGAGGAGGUUCAGCCCGGAGGUGGACGUGUUGUCCCCGAGGACAUGCUCCAGACCGACAGCCGCGUUGGUCUGACCGAGUCCGAGGUUGUUGCCCGUCGCCGCAAGUACGGUCUCAACCAGAUGAAGGAGGAGAAGGAGAACCUUAUUCUCAAGUUCCUCGGUUUCUUCAUCGGUCCUAUCCAGUUCGUCAUGGAGGGUGCUGCCGUCCUGGCUGCUGGUCUCGAGGAUUGGGUCGAUUUCGGUGUCAUUUGCGCUCUGCUCCUGCUCAACGCCUGUGUCGGUUUCAUCCAGGAGUAUCAGGCUGGUUCCAUCGUCGAGGAGCUCAAGAAGACUCUUGCUCUCAAGGCUGUUGUUCUCCGUGACGGUACCCUGAAGGAGAUUGAGGCCCCCGAGGUCGUUCCCGGUGAUAUUCUCCAGGUCGACGAGGGUACCAUUAUCCCCGCUGAUGGUCGCAUCGUCACUGAGGAUGCUUUCCUCCAGGUUGAUCAGUCCGCCAUCACCGGUGAGUCCCUCGCUGUCGACAAGCACAAGGGUGACUCUUGCUACGCUUCCUCCGCCGUCAAGCGUGGUGAGGCCUUCGUCGUCGUUACCUCUACUGGUGACAACACCUUCGUCGGUCGCGCUGCUGCCCUCGUCUCCCAGUCCGCUGGUGGUACUGGUCACUUCACCGAGGUUCUCAACGGCAUUGGUACGAUUCUGCUCGUCCUUGUCAUUGCCACUCUCCUGAUUGUCUGGGUCUCUUCUUUCUACCGCUCCAACGGCAUUGUCGACAUUCUGCGAUUCACCCUCGCUAUCACCAUUGUCGGUGUCCCCGUCGGUCUUCCCGCUGUCGUCACCACCACCAUGGCUGUCGGUGCUGCCUAUCUCGCCAAGAAGCAGGCUAUCGUCCAGAAGCUCUCCGCCAUUGAGUCCCUCGCUGGUGUUGAGAUUCUCUGCUCUGACAAGACCGGUACCCUGACCAAGAACAAGCUGUCUCUCGCUGAGCCCUACACUGUCGCCGGUGUUGAGCCCGAUGACCUGAUGCUCACUGCCUGCCUGGCUGCUUCUCGCAACAAGAAGGGUAUCGACGCUAUCGACAAGGCUUUCCUCAAGUCCCUCAAGUUCUACCCCCGUGCCAAGAGCGUUCUGUCCAAGUACAAGGUCAUCGACUUCCAGCCUUUCGAUCCCGUCUCCAAGAAGGUCCAGGCCCUCGUUGAGUCUCCCCAGGGUGAGCGCAUCACCUGUGUCAAGGGUGCCCCUCUUUUCGUUCUCAAGACUGUCGAGGAAGACCACCCCAUCCCUGAGGAUGUCGACCGUGACUACAAGAACUGCGUCGCUGAGUUUGCUACCCGUGGUUUCCGAUCCCUUGGUGUUGCCCGCAAGCGUGGUGAGGGUGCCUGGGAGAUUCUCGGUAUCAUGCCCUGCUCUGAUCCCCCCCGCCACGACACUGCCCGCACUAUCAACGAGGCCAAGACUCUCGGUUUGUCCAUCAAGAUGCUUACUGGUGAUGCCGUCGGCAUUGCCCGUGAGACCUCUCGCCAGCUCGGUCUCGGUACCAACGUCUACAACGCUGAGCGCCUCGGUCUUGGUGGCGGUGGUGACAUGCCCGGUUCUGAGGUUUACGAUUUCGUUGAGGCUGCCGAUGGUUUCGCCGAGGUUUUCCCCCAGCACAAGUACAACGUCGUCGAGAUUCUCCAGCAGCGUGGUUACCUUGUUGCCAUGACCGGUGACGGUGUCAACGAUGCUCCCUCUCUGAAGAAGUCCGAUACUGGUAUUGCUGUCGAGGGUGCUUCCGAUGCCGCCCGCUCUGCCGCCGAUAUCGUCUUCCUUGCUCCCGGUCUCGGUGCCAUCAUCGAUGCCCUCAAGACUUCUCGCCAGAUUUUCCACCGCAUGUACGCCUACGUCGUCUACCGUAUCGCUCUGUCCCUCCACAUGGAGAUCUUCCUUGGUCUCUGGAUCGCUAUCCUCAACCGAAGCUUGAACAUUGAGCUGGUCGUCUUCAUUGCUAUUUUCGCCGAUGUCGCCACCUUGGCCAUUGCCUACGAUAACGCUCCUUACUCUCAGACCCCCGUCAAGUGGAACCUGCCCAAGCUCUGGGGAAUGUCCGUCUGCCUCGGUGUUGUCCUGGCUAUCGGUACCUGGAUUGCUCUCACCACCAUGUACGUCGGUUCUGAGGACGGCGGUAUCGUCCAGAACUUCGGUAACAUCGAUGAGGUUCUCUUCCUCGAGAUCUCCCUCACUGAGAACUGGCUCAUCUUCAUCACUCGUGCCAACGGUCCUUUCUGGUCUUCCAUCCCCUCGUGGCAGCUCACUGGUGCCAUUCUCUUGGUCGAUAUCCUCGCUACCCUGUUCUGUAUCUUCGGAUGGUUCAUGCACGGCCAGCGCACCAGCAUUGUCGCCGUUGUCCGUAUCUGGAUCUUCUCCUUCGGUAUCUUCUCUAUCAUGGGUGGUCUCUACUACUUCAUGCAGGGCAGCACCGGCUUCGACAACCUGAUGCACGGCAAGUCCGCCAAGAAGGACCAGAAGCAGCGAUCCCUCGAGGACUUCGUUGUCUCUCUCCAGCGCGUCUCUACCCAGCACGAGAAGUCUCAGUAAAUAAAGAUGGCAUAUAUCCGGAAAACCAUCGGCCGGACUUUUCACCUUCGCUUGUUCUAAAUUUGCACUGUACUGCUCAUACCCGCGUACCGACACUUCUGGAGUGGAUGAGGAGGAAGCUUUUCAUACCCCUAGAUAUCGUCUUCUAGACUAAUGAAUAAAGUAAAAUAAAAUA